AUGAAAGGUCACGUUUUAAAGCAUCAGAGACCGUUUCCUUUCAAUAAAGCUUUUGAAGACGAAAUUGUUAGCCUCUGUUUUCGAAGAGGACAAUACGUGGAUGCGCAGGAUACUCCACUGUGUACUCCACCUCAAAACGGCCGCUUGAGUUUUUCAAAGCAAUUACUCGAGAAUGGAGCACAUGGGAGGUCGAGUAAAGCUGAAAAUUCCAGGCAAACUUUGCAGGCUUCUAUCACUGUUACCCCACUGUACAUCGCAGCACAGAAUGGUUACGUGGAGGUAGUAAAACACUUGGUCGCCGUCGGUGCUGAUGUGAACGCAAGAGAUACAGAAAAAGUGUUGAAGAGACUCUGCUUCUUCUUUCUUGUGCACUGCAUUGGGCAGCCCAGAAGGGUCACUUGGAGGUCAGAGAACGCUUGCUGGAAGUGGGCGCCGAUGCAAAUGCAAGGGGAAGAGGUUGAUGCAACGAGGGAUCUGAAAAAUUUGUAA